CCCACGUACGUAGCAGGAAGUGUCAAGACGACAACAACACUACAACUGGCUACAACCUUCCAUUGACUAAAAGAGAAUCGCACAGCGAUUGCCGCGAAACAAUAAACUUACACUACUUCACUACAACCGCAGGAUCGUGAUCAAAACGACUGAAGUGGUAAGCUACGACCGGGCUUCAAAACUAUGCUGUGGACCCAAGUUAUCAUGUUAGCACGGUUAAAUUAGAUGGUGGUAAACGAGUGAUUGGGCUUUUAUAUAUUAAUCUUUCUACGUUUCUAGUGACAUAACAAUCGGCACAUAAUUGAGACUGACAAUCUUUCCGAAGAUUGUCACCUUUAUAACUUAAAUGUCGUCUGGCUGUCCACCCCAGUCACCUGCUGUGGCAAAGUCUGAAGUCGCAAUAGAGGGAGAAUGCCCACUCCUGGCUGCCACCUUUGCUUACUGGGACAAUAUCCUCGGUCCUCGUGUCCAUCAUAUCUGGGCACCAAAGGGCGAUCAUGUCAUGUUGCUUGGCGAUGGAGAUGUGACCUUCUUGGCCAAUCACACAUUAAAUGGAGAGAUUCUACGCAGUGCAGAGUGUGGCGCAGUGGACGUGAAGUUUUUUGUCCUGGCAGAGAAGGGCGUCAUCAUCGUGUCACUCAUCUUCGAUGGUGAGCUCAAGGGGGACAAGAACACCUGCGCCUUGUCCAUUAUUCUACCGCAGACGGAGCUGGCCUUCUACCUGCCUUUGCACACCAUCUGCGUGGAGAGGUUAAAGCAUGCUAUCCGCAAGGGACGUAUUUGGAUGCAAAAGGGCUACAAUAUCAUCGCAGUGCUGAGCUUGGAGAUUGUUCCGAUUAUGGAGCUGCUUGCUUCUAUGAAAACACACAGUGUACCUGAAGACAUCAAUAUAAAAGACACCAUGUUAAAUGAUGAUGACAUCGGAGACAGCUGCCACGAGGAUUUCCUCCACAAGGCCAUCAGCUCUCAUCUCCAGACUUGUGGUUGUUCAAUCGUGGUUGGAAGCAACCCAGAGAAAGUAAACAAGAUUGUGCGAACACUUUGCCUCUUUCUUACUGCUGCUGAGAAGAAAAGUUCUCGCCUCUGCAAGGCAGACUCAUCAUUCAAAUACGAUACAGGCCUCUUUGUUCAGGGUCUGCUCAAGGACUCCACUGGUAGCUUUGUACUGCCCUUCCGCCAGGUCCUCUACUCACCUUACCCGACUACACACAUCGACGUGGAUAUCAACACAGUCAAACAGAUGCCACCGUGUCACGAGCAUACUUACAACCAACGUGGCUACAUGCGGUCCGAGCUGAAUACACUUUGGAAGACGGACAGCGAAGAGGAUAUCCCUCCUGACACUGUCAUCCCCACCGAUGACACGUUCACACCUGACUUGAAUAUAUUUCAAGAUGUUUUGCAUAAAGAUACUUUGGUGAAGUCAUUUAUAGACGAGGUGUUCAUGCUGAAGCCCGGCCUUUCCCUGCGCAGUGCCUACUUGGCUCAGUUCCUGUUGUUGCUCCACAGGAAAGCCCUCACAUUGCUAAAGUACAUCGAAGAUGAGACUCUAAAGGGGAAAAAGCCUUUCCGGUCCUUGCGCAACUUAAAGGCCGACCUCGAUCUGAUGGUUGAAGGAGAUCUGAACAUCGUUAUGGCCUUUGCUGAGAAGUUGAGAGCGGGACUACAUUCAUUUGUGUUUGGAAAGCCAUUCUACACCAGCAUGCAGGAAAGAGAUGUUCUUAUGAACUUUUGAGUGCGAUCAUCACCUGCACUUAAUGUCUUGAAAAUUGUUGGUUUUGUUUGUUUUGUUUUGUUUUGUUGUUCCAGAAAUAUAUGCAUGUUUUCUUUCCAGAUCUAGAAUUCCGUUUCCCUCCAUUUGGCUCCUUUUUUGUCCAAGGUAUCAUCAAAGAACUUCUGUUUGUCAAAGAUUUUAUCUUAUUUCCUCUAAUCUGCUUUUAUGAUGUGUUUUGAGAAGAUAAAUAUUGUUAUAGGUGUCUCCAGUCCUGUAUGUAUGUAUGCAUGCAUAACAAAUACAGGUCCUCAAUCCUGUUCCUCGAGGGCUGCUGUACUGCCUGUUUUUCUCCUUGAUGUAGCACACCUGAUUCAAAGAUCAGGAUCUUUAUCCGGCUUCUACAGACCUUGUUGAUUAUCUGAUUAUUUGAUUCAGGUGUGUGGUGGCAAGGACAGCUAGAAAAUGGGAAGGACAGUGGCCCUCGAGGAACAGGAUUGAAGACCACUGCAUUAGAUGAUGGUGUGAAAGUAAUUUGCUUCCUGCUCGGAUUUUUAUGUGAUUUCAAAAUGCUAUUUAUUAAAAUUAUCUGCUAUUUUAUUUGGCAGUGUGAACCGACUGCCUAAGUUGGCCUUUAGAAAGUACUGUGGUGUACAGUACAGUUAAGAAUUUUUUUGUCGUUGAAAAUGAUCAAAUAAAUGUCUGUGUUGAAUGUGAA